AUGGGGGCAGUGGCGACGGGCGGCCACAUGGAGGGGAAAGGGGUGGCGGAGCAGGGAGGGGAGGCGCAGGGAGGGGAAGGGGAAGCGGGGAUGCGAGGCGAGGGGUGGGAGAAGGGGGAGCAGGGGGCGGAGCAGGAGGGCAGAGGUGGGGAGAAGGGGCAGGUAAAGAAGUGGGGACAGGCGGGAGGAGGGACAAGGGGUGCGUACGCGAAGGCGAGAGGGGAGAAAGGAAGGAGAGACUGGAGGGGAGAAGGGGCAAGCAGGGGAGGAGAAGGAAUUGGCGGUGAAGUGGCCAUCUAUUGUUCCUCACAGCCCUGCCUCGAGAUUUCACCUGCUCCUCAGCUUUGGCGGCCUCCUUUUUUUCUGAAGCGUCCCAAGAGCCUUCCCUGGAGGCUGCACCUUCUUUUGCCCCGCACCCCUCGCUGCACCCACUUCCUCUCCCACACCCUCGUCCUCUCCUUCCUCCUAGGCACCACCCCCUUUGCCUCUACCUCCUCCACCCCAGGUGAGGGGGAGAGGAGAGGUCGCGACGAAGAAUGGGGCAUGGAUGCUGCUGGGAGGCCAAGUGUGUCGUGGUGCUUUUGA